AGAGUUCUUCAGAAAUUAGUGUAUUAAUCUCUUCAAAAAUAAAAAAUGAACAUUUUUGGGGCAAAGAUAACAGGCACAGUUGUGCUAAUGCAAAAGAAUGUGUUAGAUGUGAAUAGCAUAACUAGUGUUGAGGGUAUUCUUGACACAAGCCUGGGGGGUGUUAUCUCAAUAGUUGAUACCCUCUCUUCUUUCUUGGGCUUUUCGGUCGCAUUUCAGUUGAUUAGUGCUACUAAACCAGAUUCAAGUGGCAAAGGAAAAGUUGGGAAUACAGCUUAUUUAAAAGGAAUUAUUGACAAUUUGCCAACUUUGGGAGACAAACAAAAUGCAUUCAAGAUUGAAUUUGAUUAUGAUAGUAACUUUGGGAUUCCAGGAGCAUUUUACAUAAAGAACUAUAUGUCAAAUGAGUUCUUGCUUCUCAGUUUGACUCUUGAAGAUAUUCCAAAUGUUGGAACCAUCCACUUUGUUUGCAACUCCUGGAUUUACAAUGCCAAAAACUAUCAAUCUGAUCGCAUUUUCUUCGCCAACAAUACAUACCUACCAAGUAAAACACCAGGUCCACUAGUGUACUACAGAGACCUUGAAUUGAAGAAUUUAAGAGGAAAUGGGACCGGGGAAAGAAAGGAAUGGGAAAGAAUAUAUGAUUAUGAUGUUUACAAUGAUUUGGGCGAUCCAGACAAAGGUGUGGAAUAUGCUCGUCCAGUUCUUGGAGGAUCUUCUACUUAUCCUUACCCUAGGAGGGGUAGAACUGGUAGAAAACCAACAAAAACAGAUCCUAACACCGAAAGUAGAAGUGAUAAUUUCUAUAUUCCAAGAGAUGAAGCCUUUGGUCACUUGAAAUCGUCAGACUUCUUAGCUUAUGGAAUUAAAUCAAUAUCCCAAGAUGUAAUCCCAGCUUUGAAAUCAGUGUUUGACAUAAAUUUCACACCAAUUGAGUUUGAUAGCUUUGAAGAAGUUCAUGAUCUCUAUGAAGGAGGGAUUAAGCUACCCACAGAUGUGAUUAAGCAAAUUACUCCUUUGCCUGUGGUCAAUGAACUCCUUAGAACUGAUGGUGAACAGUUCCUCAAGUUUCCUGUUCCUAAAGUUGUUCAAGUGAGUAAAUCUGCAUGGAUGACUGAUGUAGAAUUUGCGAGAGAAAUUCUUGCUGGCGUAAAUCCUGGCUUAAUUCGUUGUCUUCAAGAGUUUCCUCCAAAAAGUAAGCUAGACAGCGGAGUCUAUGGUGAUCAUACAAGUACAAUAACCAAAGAGCAAAUAGAGCCCAAUUUAGAUGGGCUCACCAUAGAUGAGGCAAUCCAGCAAAAGAAGGUGUUCAUAUUAGAUGAUCAUGAUGCAAUAUUUCCAUAUUUAAGGAGAAUAAACUCAACUAAUUCAAAGGCAUAUGCUACUAGAACCAUCCUUUAUUUGAAGAGUGAUGGAACUUUGAAGCCACUUGCAAUUGAGUUAAGUUUGCCACACCCUGAAGGAGACCAAUAUGGUGCCAUUAGUAAAGUCUACUUGCCUGCAAUUGAAGGUGUUCAAAGUUACAUUUGGCUUCUGGCCAAAGCUUAUGUCAUCGUCAAUGAUUCAAACGUUCAUCAACUUAUCAGCCACUGGUUAAACACUCAUGCAGUUGUGGAGCCAUUCGUGAUAGCAACUAACAGGCAGCUCAGUGUGCUUCACCCAAUUUACAAGCUUCUAUUUCCACAUUAUCGUGACACUAUGAAUAUAAAUGCUCUUGCUCGUAAUCAACUUAUCAAUGCAGGUGGCAUUAUUGAACAAACUUUCUUGCCUUCUAAGUAUGCCAUGGAAAUAUCUUCCGUCAUUUAUAAGGAUUGGGUUUUUACAGAUCAAGCUCUACCUUCUGAUCUUAUCAAGAGAGGAAUGGCGAUUGCGGAUGCAAGUUCCCCGAACGGUGUUCGUCUUGUGAUAGAGGAUUAUCCUUACGCCAUGGACGGACUAGAAAUCUGGGGAGCCAUUAACACAUGGGUCCAAGACUACGUUUCUCUAUACUACACCUCAGACGACACAGUCAAGGGAGACCUCGAACUCCAACAAUGGUGGAAAGAGCUUGUAGAGGUUGGUCAUGGAGACAAGAAAGACGAGCCAUGGUGGCCUCAGAUGCAAACUCUCCAAGACCUAAUUCAAACUUGCACCACACUCAUAUGGACCGCUUCGGCGCUUCACGCUUCCGUUAACUUCGGUCAGUAUCCGUACGGCGGUUUCAUCCUAAACCGACCAACUCUGAGUCGCAGGUUGAUGCCGGAAGAGGGAAGUCCCGAGUACGAUGAGCUUGUCAAAAACCCUGAACGGGCUUACUUAAGAACGGUUACACCCAAGUUUCAAACUCUGAUUGAUCUUUCAGUUAUUGAGAUUUUGUCAAGGCAUGCUUCUGAUGAAUACUACCUUGGUAACAGAGAUAGUGCUGAGUUUUGGACCUCUGAUGUUUAUGCUUUAGAAGCUUUUAAGAAGUUUGGGAACAAGUUGGCGGAAAUUGAAGGAAUUCUGAUUCAAAGGAACAAUGAUGUGAAUUUGAGAAACAGAGUUGGACCUGUUACUAUGCCUUAUACUCUGCUCUAUCCUACAAGUGAAGCUGGGUUAACUUUCAGGGGAAUUCCUAAUAGUAUCUCUAUCUAGAAUUAGAGAUAACAUGGUUUGAUUUGUACGUUAAGUGUUGUGACUUAGCUUUUAAUCAUAUGUAGUAUAAAUAAAUGGUGUGUGAAAGACUUUUGCUAAAAAUUAGUUAUAGUAGUAAUAAAUUAAUAAUUUCUUUGUGCAAUAUGUAUAAGGUGAGUUCUCCGAUGGCAUAGGUAUUGGUUGGUAAGUAUGGCUAUGAUUUGACUCGCCAAUAAUAUUUUGACAUGUAGUGAAUGAA